AUGUCUGACGAAUACGGUGGGCUCCUCACCCAGCCGCAUUUCUAUGCGCCACUCUAUGCUCUUGCGCUUGUUUGUUUUACUCGGGAUUUUGAUUGGUUUUCUUCUCCUUUCGCUGUGGUUUUUGGGGGUUUAUUAGUGGACUUGCCCGUCUCGGACGACGAUGAAGAGGAGUUCGAAGAUGAGAUGGAUGAUGGUGAGGAGGAGGAUGGUGGUGGAAGCUCGAAGAAAAAGGCCAAGCAGCACGUGGAGCAGCUCAAGCGGCUGCAGCAGAAGGAUCCUGAGUUCUAUAAAUAUUUAGAAAAGUUUGAUAAAGAUUUGUUGGGAUUUGAUGAUGAUGAAAUCGAGGAUGACCAGGAAACUGGGGUUGAUGAUGAUGAGGAAUCUGUAUCUAAAGAGGAACUGAAGCAAACUGUGAAACCUAUUACAAUGGAAAUGGUUGAUUCCUGGUGUGACGGAGUAGAGAAUGAGAAGAUAGGUUCUAUCCGUUCUAUUCUUCAAGCUUUUCGCAGAGCCUGCCAUUAUGGUGAAGAUCAAGGGGACAAUUCAACUCCAAAGCUCAGUGUCAUGUCUGGUAGCGUACUUGAUAAAGUUAUGCACUUUGUUUUGAAACACAUGGAUAGAGUCCUCCGUCAGUUACUUGGUGCGCCAAGCUUUGGAGGGAAGAAAGAGGCAAUCAGUGAGCUGAUGCUGAAUAAGCCAUGGAAGAGGCAUGGUAAUCUUAUGAGGAUCUUUCUUUCCAAUGCACUUCAUAUGAUAACAGAGAUGACCGAUGAGCAAAUGAUCGCAUUUACUAUACACCGUAUCAGAGCAUCAGCUGUUUUUCUGGCAGCUUUCCCAUCGCUCCUGAGGAAGUAUGUUAAGGCUCUGCUUCAUACAUGGGCUAGAGGACGAGGUGCAAUGCCUCUUGUUUCUUUUAUGUUCCUUCGAGACUUGUGCAUUCAAGUAGGUUCAGAUUGCCUUGAUACGUGCCUCAAGGGUAUCUACAAGGCUUAUUUGGUGAACUGCAAAUUGUCCAAAUCUAUCAGUGGAUCAAAACUGCAACACAUUCAAUUCCUUGGAAAUUGUGUCAGAGAAUUGUAUAGUCUGGAUCCGCAAAGUGCGUAUCAGCAUGCUUUUGUUUUCAUCCGUCAACUGGGGGUUAUCCUAAGAGGAGCUCUUACUGAAAGGGGGCCAAAGUCAGCAAAGGACAAAAGGCAGAAAGAAAGCAGCAAAUCAUCAAAAAAACAAGCGGAGAAAUCUUACCAAAAAAUUUAUGAUUGGCAAUACAUAUUCUGCCUUGAGCUUUGGACCAGUGUUGUGUGCGGGUGUAGUUCUGAGGAAGAAUUCCGACCUCUAGCUUAUCCGUUGACCCAAAUAAUUCAUGGUGUGGCAUGCCUUGUACCUAGCGCACGUUACUUCCCUGUGCGCCUUAGGUGUGUCAAAAUGCUUAAUCGUAUUGCUGAAGCUACUGGUACCUUCAUUCCCGUGUCCUCCCUGCUGCUUGAUAUGCUUGAAAUGAAAGAACUUAGAGGACGUCCAGAUGGAGGUGUUGGCAAAGCCGUGAAUUUGUUCAGUGUUAAACAGGUGGACAAGAAAACAGUAAAGACACGUGCCUUCCAGGAAGCUUGCAUUUAUUCUGUGGUCGAUGAGCUGGCUAAACAUUUGGCUCAAUGGAGCUACUCCAUUGCCUUCUUUGAGAUGUCCUUUAUUCCACUUGUUCGGCUCCGAAGCUUUUGCAAAACCAUUAAAGCUGACAGGUUUAGGAAAGAGAUGAAGGAUCUUAUCUAUCAGAUAGAGGCCAAUGUCGAGUUCAUUAAGUCAAAACACAUGGGGAUUGCAUUUUCACCCAAUGACCCAGCUGUAGAGUCAUUUCUGCAGAUCGAAAAGGAAGAACGUUGCAGCCCUCUCUCAAAAUAUGUUGCUACUCUACACCAGAGAGCGCAGGAUAGGAUGGAUGCUCUGGACGAGACCAGUGUAAUUGUGGGGGCUGAUUCCUCAACCUUCUCACGGAGGUUAUCAGAAGCGCAGAAGCAACAGGAUGAGCAGGACGAUGAUGAAGGCACUAUUGCUUUCAGUAAGAACUUGACUGAAAAUAAGAAACCGAAAACUCCAAAGGAGAAUAAAAAGCGACCCCGGGAGGAGGAUCAUGUUGCUACUGAGGAGGAUCGGGUUGAGGAUUUGGUCUUGAGCUCAGAUGAAGAGGAUGACAACAAUCAGGAACCAGAGGAUGGUUUCGUUCCAGUUGAAGGUGAUAGUGAUGAAGACUUUGUAGACCCUGACAGUGAAUAUAAGAAACAAAAGAAGGCGAAGCUGAAGAAGAGGAACAAACACCAGCCAUUGCCGCACAAGGCGCCCUCGAGAACAAAAAGGAAUUCACAUCCCAAGAAGAAGACCAGGCAUUAG